UUUGUCGCUGCAGCACAGGCACCUCACCAUCGAUGAGAUUCUUGCUGUCUAUAUGGUCACCGAUGCCACUUCUUCAGCUUGUUCUGUUAUAUAUAGAGGCAAGCCAUAGCCGGAUCGACGCCAUUGCAGCGGCUUCAUCUCUUCUUUUCCACUCUGAAAUUCCUGUAACCAACAGCAUUUGUUGUAUGCAUUGCCAUUUGCCAAGCAUGUUAUGCAGCGCUACUGAUUUUGCAGUGUACUAAAUGCUUUGCAAUCGCCCAAACAACCAUAAACUGCAUCAUUUCACAAGAUGCAAGAAGGGGCAAGAAAAAGGUGCAGAGUGCAACCGAAUCCAAUAUUUAAGCUGCAUCGGAUCAAUCAAACGUUUAGCCUUUACCUUUAAUCGCGGAGUAGGUCGCAGGCGGCCGGAGGGGGAGGGCGCAGCGGUGAUUUGGGGCCACUCCCGAGUCCCCACCGAUGGCGCACGGAUGGGUGCGGUUCCCAGCGCACGAGAAGGGACAGAUGCUAUCUGGCGAUACUCCCACGACCUGAACUCCGGCCUCUUGUGGCGGCGGCGCCGGCCGCCGGUGGACGGGAACGGAUGUUAUGGGCCAUGGGGAGAGCCGAAGCAAAUGAGGACUGCUAUGCUAAAAGUUAGGGGUUUAUUGCAAAAUACUGGAUCGCGAUCCAUUUUUGGAGGUUUUAUGAAAAUAUUUAGGGGUUCAUACGUAAAAUUGGCUGGAAUCUUGGGGAGCUGGGGCCUGGGGGCGAUGGGAUGCGGAGCCGCGGCGCAGAGGACAACGGCGGCGGAGGCGCUGCAGGACGACCGGCCGGCCGCCCUCCAAGGUCGCCACCGCACCCCGUUUCGCAUCCGCAACUGGUUCGCCGGCGUGUGAUUCGCGGCCCUUGGCCGCGGCAACCGGAGGCGAACGGACGAACUGAGCGAAUCAUUCACGGCAUCCAUGUUUUCUAGAAGCGGAAGCAUCGACGUCUCGAGGAAAUCUGUGGUCCGAAUUCCCUUGCAGGGGACCUGCUUUACAUUUCACAGCACAAGAAAUAGAUCAGGAGGAGAAAGGUUGAAGUCAGCUGAAAUGAGGUCAGGCUUAGUUGCUCGUGAAGAUAGCACUGUAAAUGUACUGAUUGUUUACAAACACUUUCAACAAAAUUGCAAAGCUAACUCGUGUGAAGUUAUUUCUGUUCUGAGUAAAUUACCCCCCUUUACAUUUUAAUCUAGCUGAGGAUCCUUUAGAAAUCUUGGUUGAAAGUGCACUGGCUCAUAGCCUUGUGGGCAUGCGAGCACUUAGUUCCACAUAUCGUAGAAAGCGUCGCUUUGCCAUUUUACAGAUUUCCUAUGACAUUACCAUACUAUUUUUCUUGUGAAAAAUUAUUUGGAGAGUGCUAGAAAACUUAAGAUCUGGUGUUUGCUUGUUUAAACAAAUGAUUGCACUGAAGGUAGAUUUUCAUAGUAGUGAAAUAUUCUGCAUAGAUGAUUCCUUAGAAAAUCAAAUAUCAAAUGUAACUUCAGUAAAUAUUUACUUGUGUCUCUUUACCCCAUAAAACACACUGUCAAGUGUAAACACAAGUGACAAGUUCUCUUCUCCUCUGUUUUCUACUGUUUCCCUCUAAACAAUAAUAUCUUAUAUCACGAUUUUUAGGGGAGAUGGAUAUCUGUUGCAAAACGUGCGUGUAUUAUACACCUGAAACAGAAACAUUAGGACAAGGGCUAUCACUGAUCCGUUGUGCAAUGCUGUGAUCACCUGCUUAAACAUGUCUUGGGAUCUGGAGUUCAGUUUGCCAUCCAUAAUGCAGACAUGACAGCCUCCUAAUUGAGCUCAACCACCAAUGCCUCUUGGGUUGAGUGGCUUCUGUCACAGCUCACCAUGAUCACACAUGAGAUUGAUUCUUGCUGUCUGCUAGUUCAGCUGUGCAGUUGCAUCAACCUCUUUCCCUAUAUAAAGAGGGAAGCCAAAGCUGGGAAGACACAGUUGCAGCAGCUUGACUUCUCUUCCAUCUCCAGCAAAAAGAGGCUUCAUAACUUCCCCUUCCAUUCCAAGCAUGGCCUGCCACCUGAGGUCCGCGAGUGUGCCCUCCAGCCCUUGCUCCAGCGGAACCAAUGUCAAGGAACAGAUCCAGAUCCUGAAGGCAACCGUCUCUACUCCCUCUGCGACCAUUGAAACCAUAAUUGAUGGUCUGUCCAAGCUCGGGAGCAUCUACAGCUGCAUCGAUGAGCUCAUUUGCUUUCCCAGCAGCCAGCGUCAACAGAGGAAGACAGUAGAGGAGGAGCUUGAGCGCUCUCUCGUCUUGCUUGACCUCUGCAACGCCGUGCAAGAGAGCUUCGCAGAACUCAGGACAAGCGUCCAAGAGAUGCAAUUGGGUCUCAAGAGGGGAGAAGAUGUGACUGUUCAGGCCAAGGCUCAGUCUUUUGCCCGUUUGGUCAAAAAGGUGCAGAAGCAGCUUAAGAAGAUCAACAGCAAGGUUGUUCUUGACACUGAUAGCUGCAGGGUGGUCAAGCUAUUGUCCGAAGCAAGAGAGAUUGCUCUAUUGAUGCUGGAAUCGACAUUGUACCUCCUGUCAAAGGAGGUCCUGAUGCCGAGUGCUAGCAAGUGGUCUCUUGUCUCAAAGGCAUUCCAGAAGAAGAGAGUCGCAUGCAAGGAGGAGCAACUGCAGGUCUUGGAGUUGGAGAUUGUUGAUCUUGAGAGCGAACUCCAGAUUGUCUUCAGGAGACUGAUCCAAUGCAGGGUCUCGCUUCUCAACACUCUUAGCCUGUAGAAAGAUCAUACAACAACCAACUCAGAUUCUCUGCGAUUAGCAUCCGCCUUUUAGAGGAAUGGCUGAUCAUCAAAACAAUUUUGAUGUAUAUAUGAGAGAAAGUGUACAGAAAAAUACUGUAUGAAAGAGAAAAGUUUUGAUCCAUUUGAUGUUG